AUGGGUCCCCGCCAUGAUGGGCUGGAGGCAGUACGCUGCUCAUCCUGGACUCUCCGUUCGAGGGAGGAAAUCCGACAGCCAGACGAUUUCGGAGGAAGAGAACGAGAGGAGAGAGAGUUCAUUUUCAUCAACGUGAAGGAAGUGAGCGGAUGGAUCAUUCUUUCAGUGUGCUACUUGGAGGAAUUUUUGCUACUUUUGUUCCACAUGGUCGAGCAGAAGGUGACCAAAGGACGGCAGGAACCCAAAAAGAAGGACAACAGGAACCACAGGAAGAAGAACAGGCCGCAGGAAGAAGGACCACAGGAACCACAGGAAGAAAGGACUACAGGAACCACUGGAAGAAGGCCACAGGAACCAGUUCAUUCAUUUGACUUCUACUACCAGUCCGAAGAGCCACAGGAAGAGUUCAGUGUAAGGCAAUUUGUGCAGAAGUAUCGCCCGAUGAAGAUGAUGUUCAACGUGCAGCAAGGGCAGUCAAUAUGUAUUUCCGUGAUAACCAGAGGAUUCAGCGACAGGCAGUGGUGA